UAAGUAUAAGACCCCCCUGCAACAAUGCGACCACGAGCGAGUCAUUUUGUUGCCGAUAUGCAGCAUCUCACAUUUUUCGUCCUCUUCCUGGCAUCCCCCUGGAGCCUCUCCGCUGGAGCUGGUGAUUGGUGUUAUCAGUCCCAGUUCACCUGUGACCAUCAAUGCAAUGGUCCAGAAAAGUGGGACCACGCAAACGGUGACUGCGCGGGAAAAUCCCAGUCGCCCAUCAACGUUGUCACCAGAAAGACCUUAAAAGACGAGCGCCUGAUUCCGUUUGAGUUCACCAACUACCAGCAGAUUUUCCGAGGCAACAUCAAGAAUAACGGACACUCGGUUCAAGUUGGAGUUCCUCACCUAAGCACCAUCUCGGGUGGAGGAUUGCCAAGCACCUACAAGGCGGUCCAGUUCCACCUGCACUGGGGCAGCAAUGGCGGACCAGGCUCUGAACACACCAUUGAUGGAGAGCAAUAUCCCAUGGAGCUGCACAUUGUGCACAUGAAGCAUCACUACACGGAUCUGUCGACAGCAUUGGCUGAUCCAGAAGGAGUCGCAGUCUUGGGCUUUUUCUAUGAGGUGUCCAACAGUGCAAACCGAAAGUAUGAGCCCAUUAUCAGUGCUCUGCGAAGCAUCAAAAACUCAAACGCCAAUACCUCUCUGCCACCUACCUCCUUGGCACAGCUCAUUCCACCUGAGCACAACCUGACCUCCUUUUACCGCUAUAAGGGAUCUCUGACCACACCAGGCUGCACCGAGGCUGUAGUUUGGACUUUGUUUGAGAACCCCAUCCCUCUGAGCAUUGACCAGCUGCGGGCUUUUUCUGACCUCAAGUUCCAUGACGGGAAAGCAAUGGUGGGGACCUUCCGGCCAGUUCAGCCCCUUAAUGGCCGGCAAGUGUACCGAUCUGGAGGUUCGGUGGUUUCGAUCUGCUCCCCUCUCCUUGUAGCCGCCUUGGCUAUGGCCUUGGGACUAUCCCGGCUCAAUUAGGAGCAAGGUGUAUCUGCUGCACUGCGACACCCAUGAACAUUGAAGAUCAUUCUUGGAUUUGUGACAGCAUUGCCGCAUGGUCUCCAAAAUGGUUACACAAAUUGUUGUCGUGCAUGAAUGACUCACCUGGGGGCCCCACCCCCCCUUAUGACACAAAUGACAAAGGUGUUAAAAGGACACCUUGGAGGUGUAUAAGGGUUAAUUAGCAUGCAUGCAUGCAUAACGAAUCAGUAGGUCAUACAUCCGCCUUAAGAAUGUGCCAUGAAGUAGGCUACACAUUGACCAAUCAGAACGCCCCCUCCCUCGCCCUGACAUUUCACAGCAUCAUCAAAACCGCUCACACAAACGCAUCCUCGUGCACUUUGGAGUUGAGCCACCUUGAACAAUGUCAAACAAAUUUAGUCUCCGCUCAUAUCAGUGUGAGUGGCUCCGGUCUCGUGAACGAGACACGUGAUGCCUCAUUCACUCUCAAUGGCACAUGAGAACUGCACAAGGCUAUUAAUAGCACAACUGAGUCAAAAGAACAAGCUCCAUUUCAAAGCCAGCGAUCAAACAAGUCCGCCUUCUCAUCCCCCUCAUGGCAAAGUACAAGCAGGUGGAAUGAAGAGCAGAUGUUGUUAAGCUUCAGUUCUUGCUGGGGAUCUCUGAGGCUACUGUGAAACCUAUGAAUUAAAAUGGCAAUGUAAGCCAGCAUCAUAUCAAAUUUGUUCUAUUCAUGCACCACCAACAACUGAAAAUUGCAUCAAUCUUCACGGUUGCUGUUUGAGGAUGCACAAAAUUCGCAUGCACGCUUUGACUGCGAUUGGGUCUAAUGCUACUGAAUUACUUCGAUGGGAGACGGCUGCCAUCUUCCAACCACGUUUGUUGCGAUGACCAAGCUGUAUAUUUUUUUCCCCCCCAUAGUUUCGUGAUGCAUUAACUUAUAUUUCUAAGCCAUUCUAAUGCACAUGAUUCACUUGUAUUUUAUGCACUGAAUGUUUCUAUUGAUAUGAGAAGUUAUUGGUAUUAUAUUUAUGUAUUAAAAAGUCAUAUGUAUCGAGUUGUAUGCGUUUGAGGAUGCCAACUUGUGAGCUAAAGAAUGUGAUGCUGUUGAACAAUAAACAACAUAUGCCGUUUUAAGUACAAA